AUGCUUGUAGGGUUUGUAGAUAGGUUACAGGAGUUGAUGAAUGAAGGGAGGAGGUUGAAUAGUCUAGCAAGAAGAGAAAAAAAUGAGAAUGAAAAGAAUAAUUUGGAAGAGGAUAAAAGUGAUUUGGAUGAGCUAAUAAAAGCUUUAAAGAAAGACAAAGAGGCAUUGACGAAGAAUAGAGACGAUAAGUGGGAGUUAUAUAAAUAUUUACAGGAUAAAUUUACCGAUUUAGCUAAAGGAGAAGCUACUCCGAUACCAGGCUCUAUGGACGUGACCUUGAAACGAAAGCAAAAUGUUCCCACAUAUCGUAAAAUGGAUGACAUGGGGAAGAAACUAAGGAAAAUUACACCAUCCAGUUACGGCAGGUCUAAAAAAAAUGACCCAGAACUCAGUGGUAUAAUCCUUAAUUAUCGCACGGAAAGCCCUAACAUUCCGUUGUCAUUAUACCAUUCUGUGUUCGCAACUUUCAAAGACAAUCUUUCCAGUCUGAAAGCUGAGGCGGAUGACUUUGAAUCACUUGGAAAACUUGUAUUAGACAUGCAAGAGUUUUAUAAUGUUGAAGAAGAACGGUUCGCAAAAUUCACAUCAUGGCUUCAAAAUAUUUUAAUUGUCCUGUUGAUGCAUUACCACUUGGAGUAUAUAGUUAGUGAGGCCGAUUUUAUACCAUUUAACGUCAAUCAUGUUAAAUAUCUGCUAUUAUUAGGGAAAAUAAAGAAUGAACUCGGAGAUGGCAGUGGAUGUCCUUACAGGCAGGGAUUGCUGGGGGCUGUCUUUGGUGAUAAAUGUGUGGUAGAACCACCCACACCUCUAAUUCCCUUGAUGCAGUUAAGAUUUGAUGAUGAAUUGCUAUCCACAGCUGCAAAUACAUUUCGACUGCUGAAAGAAAGCCUGGAAAGUCUGAAGGAUUAUUAUAAUAAGAGAUAUGGCGCUGAUGUUCACAGGGACUGUGCUAAAGCCAAUAUUGCACCAAAACUCAUAGCAUUUGAAAAACUGGCAGGCAACUGGUUUAUGGUAGUGAUGGAAUAUCUUCUGAGUGAGCAUUUCAUAUGUAUGUAUGAUAUUCUUCAGGAAGGUGAUCAGAAUACAUCAUUUCUCACUCAAAAAUCUAUUGAAGUUGCCAAUGAAUUGCACAAGAUGAAUUAUGUUCAUGGUGACUUUCGGACAUCAAAUUUUAUGAUUUCAAAAGAUAGAAAGCAGGUUAUGAUAGUUGACUUCGACUGGGCCGGAAAGGAAGGAUCAGCAAAAUACCCACAAUUUAUAAACCGAUUUGAUUCACUAGACUGGCAUCCAGAUGUAAAAGAGGGUGGAAAAAUUAAGAAAGCUCAUGACAUUCACUUUAUUACGCAAUCUAUUGAGAAAAAAUUUUAA